AAAGAAGCAACCGUUCUGAACGCGGAAGAGCUGCGUCACCUCUUUGCCGGAUUGACAUCUUGCCUGCUCGAUCCACACCCUUCGAUUCGUGACCUGGCGGGCCAUGUCCUAACUCGGCUCAUGUCCCAGGAUAUGAUUCCUUAUUGGGACGGGUCUGUGACGGACUGGCGCAUUCCGGCAGCUGUUACAAUGGACUUCCCCCAAAUCACUGAACAGUCAAUGAAAGUGUUUUGGCGUUCAACGAGUCAAAUUUUCCUUGGUGUUUCUCGUGCUGUCUUGGAAGAUUUGACCAGCAGCUCGGAACAAGGGAAGGAGCUGUUAACGCUGGGUAGUGAGCUUACCCGGCUGCGGAACAGGACUCUGAUGAGGCGCGGGCUUGUAAUAUCGAGAAGUGGGAUGGAGAUUCCUGAUCGGUUUGCGGCAAGUGUGGCUAUGGAAGUGGCUAUUCUUGUGGCACUUGCUGGGAGUUGGGGUGAUGCGGCGGUUGUGGGCAAGGCAGCGGCUUCUUGGCUGGAAGCUGCUUUGGAAGAAGGCGAAUUGAUUGGCGAAUCAAAGGACAUUGCUAGCGGAGGAGCCGCAACAUCCCCUCUCAUGGAGAAUCUGAUAGUGUACCGGGAAGUUUGUCGGGUUAUACUUGGCAGUGGAGGCGCAGGAGGGCAAAAGGCGGUCUACAAGCGUGCUAGAGCUAUCCUGAGAUCCAUCAGCGUUCCGACUCCGGGCAACAUGGGCGCAUGGGAAGAAGUCUACAAAUGCUGGAAAACGUCUGGUAUAGGACCAUCAGGAAGAAGACGCUCAGUAUCUGCGAGCACGGCAAACAGCACUGAUACUGGUGGCGCUGCGGGUGAAUCCGGUGGUAACGAUGCGGGAUUGUGGACUGGAGGGACUGCUACGGUUGGGUCACAAGACAAUGAAGAUGAUGGUCGAAAGAAGCUCAAAAGAGGAGGGAGUGGCAUUGGCCUAGCAAUGUUCACCGGGGACGAGAAGGGUGAAUGGAUCAACUAUACGGCAUUCCUGUGCGCCUUAGGAGGUGUCUGUUUGAAAGCGAGUGCCAUGGCUGUCGAACAGCAACAUUCCCAACUGCCCAUGCAGCAUGGGACAUCUGGGCGGACCGCAGCUGGUACGUCUGACAAAACAGCCAACAGACGAAAAUCAACAGGAUCAACGGCCUUGGUAUUUGAGCACCCCGAAGCAAAUAUGGGCGUAUCCGUACCAUGGACGGGGAUGGUAGGCGUUCAACUAAUGAGUGCCUACAGUGGUGCGAGGGCCACUGUCGAAAAGUUUAUUGCUGACCUUGUUGAACUGAUGGUAUGCGAUUCUGUGGUUAUCCGGGAGGCCGUAAAGGAAUGCUUGGGGUUAGAGUUGGGAGAGGGCAUGUACGGAAUCUUGUUCACCCACAUCUCGCAUCUCACCUCAAAUCAAUUGUUUGACUCGGCGACCCAAGAACCGCGGCUUACAGCCAAAAACACUCUGUUUGUGGACUAUCUCGCAUCGGUUUUGCGGUUGGCCUUUGACAGGCCAGAUGCUGGCAGUGUCUUGUCCUCUGCACUGUUGGGUGACGUGGAUUUGGGUUCCGUCAUUGCUCAGCUGUUACGGUAUUUGGACACGCUUGUCAUUGUCGACCCAACGAGCCUGAGGAUUCGAGUUCGGUUGUGUUUGGCAGUGGAGGCUCUGAUAUCAAAGCGGGAUAUCAUUCGAAUUACCGGAGAGAUGCGUGUUCGGAGGGACAUUUUGCAAGCUCUCAUGGGUUGGAAAAUGGUCGAGGGGGUCAGUAAGUAUAUGGAUAUCCCUGAGGAUGCCGUGGCCAACGUCAUGAAGCUCCAGCGGGAUGCAGAUAUGGCGUGCGUAAAGGCGAUGGUGGCGCUACUGGAUGACCUCCCCUUACAAGGGUAUUUGCUCUCGAAACGACGACGGGACGGCCCGAAAUCUAAAGGUUCCGCCGCUAGCAAGUACUUUGAAUUCUUGCUAAAGGUUUUGCUACGAUCGCGGGCGUCUGAAGAAGAUCCGACAGCAUCUCAGCAGCAUCAAAGCAAUGCUCUGCGUGAGCACACGAUUCAAGCUUUGACCAAUCUCCUUGCCUCAAACAUUGAUGUACAACUCGGCCCUACUCUAAAUAUGAUGUACCACGCAGAUGAAUCGAUACGAGGGGCUUUUGCGGCCGUGUUGACCAAUUUCUUAAAAAUCGGGGACGCGCAAGAGCGACUGUCUGGGGGACUCGGUGACGCGGGGGAAAUGACCAAAUACCGGUAUGCAAAGCUCGUACAGCUACUGACUGAGCAGGAAGGGGGACUGGAUAUUGCUGUUGCGAUGGGAGAAGUUGCGCCUGUAGCUGAUGUAGAUGAGGUUGCUGGUGUCCUUGUCGCUGUGUUUGAGGGGCGUGGGAAAGCGUUGGACCUUAUAGAAAAGGUGGUAAAGCGAGAGGUAGACAAUACGGACACGCCAGCGAAUUUGUUCCGUCGGAAUAGUAUGGCGACGAGGUUGCUCACGAUUUACGCAAAAUCCCAAGGGCAGGAAUACCUCGUUCGAACGUUAAAGCCGCUCAUUUCGGAACUCACGGAAAGAUGCCCUCCCAUGAGCUUUGAAGUAGAUCCCGUCAAGCUGUCACCAACGGAUAACCAGGAGACGAAUCUCCGAAACUUGAAAAUUGUAGCUCAGGGAAUCUUGGAUAGUAUCGUUGGACCGGGACCUGCACGGUUUCCUCGACCUUUACGGGAAGCAUGUGCGAUUGUAUGGCGGUUGGUCGGAUCGCGCUUCCCUGAUGCGCGUGUAACGGCUGUCGGAGGAUUUCUGUUCCUCCGUUUCUUUUGCCCUGCUAUCGUCUCCCCAGAGACGCAUGGAAUUGUUGAAGCAAGUGAGCUGCGCCGAGAGUUGCGGAGAGGACUCGUCCUGAUUACCAAAGUGGUUCAAAACUUGGCGAACAAUGUGCUUUUUGGUGUCAAGGAAGCAUUCAUGAGCGGUGUCAAUGAUGUUUUGAGGGAGAAUGUGACUAGAGUUCAUGGGUUUCUCAGAGAUGUUUCGGCGCCUAUGGCAACAGAUGGACCACGACCGACUACUGAGACCGGAGUGAGCGAUCUGGACAUGCUGCGAUUGCACCGGCACUUGGCGUUGAACCUUGAUCGUAUCGAGCGGUUGCAGCAACAUGCGUCAGCAAUGGCUGUGGUGACUGCGUCCACUAGAAGCGAGAGUACCCUUGCAGCCGCUGCGAGUCGGCUGACCCGACGCUCAGUUUCUCAUUUGGGUGGAAAGGAGAGUCCAUCGCCGUCCAAAUCUGUUGGCUCGUCGUCGCCUCCGUCUCCAUCUCUUCGGAAGGCAACUCACAAGAGCAGCAAGAGUACCUCCGGAUUGGAUGCCAAAUCUUCUAGUGGCGGAGACGCAAGUAUGAAAUCCGUCCUGAGUGAGAGCACAUUUGGCGAGUUAUCCAAUCUCAUUGCGCGAUUGGGACCUGCUCCGGACGUCCAAGCCAAGAUGGAUCCUGCUAGUGGAACGCAGGUGGAAGCUCCAACGAUACAGCGACCUCCAACUUACCCAGCACCGUCAGAGCAAGAGAGUGACACGAUUGUUUUUUCACCAGUGGCUUGGGUCAAGGGGUACCGGGUCCAAGUCCCAGUGGUUUUAAAAGUCAAUGCGGAAUCCGUGUCGAUUUUACUAGCCAAACGAGACGGUGGGACGGCACUAAACGAUGUUUAUCACGUUUCCGAGAUUGAGGAUAUCCUUCCUGGACGUGAGCAAGAGUGUGUUCUCAAAGUCUUUGAACGAAGUGGUCCGACACGAGGUACGACCGUGAGCAUUACAUUCAUGUCACCCAAAGCCGAGGUUAUUAUCCAGACGGUGCAGACCAUGUUGAGUCGAUUCCGACUCGGGAGGUCAAGCAACAGUUCCUUGAAUUCCGUGAAUGGGACUAUGGCAUUGCAACAGCGGGAUCGGUUACAACCGGAUACGACCGUUGGGGCCUUGUUGAAUGCGGCUUUUACGAAUUUUGGGAGUGAGGAUGUGGGUGUUCGGAGGGCCGCUUAUGAGCUUUUGUGUGCUAUUUGUGGCGAGUUUGGGGUUUCUGUGAGUGUGGGGACGAGUGGGGGUGCAUUUAUACCCUCAAGUAUAGAGUCAUUUGUACUGGACAUUAGUAAACGGCUCGCAAAGUCGCAUCCCGAACUCACACUAGGAUUUUUGAGCGAAGCCGCCUUUGGACUCGCUGCGAGUCCUGUUCGGUUAAAGCGGUUUACGAUUCAGUAUUUGGGUCCGUGGUUACCGAAUUUGGCGGUUUAUUUGGAGGAUGGGGCUAGAGUGGAUGGGAAAUUGAUAAAGAUUUUGGAGGCGUUGUUGGGGGUGACUGUCAAGGAGCAAGAGUUGUCCAAUCUUUUUCAGUCACAGAUAUGGGCGACGAUUGCUCAAGUUGAGUCUCUUGUCCCUACGGUUGUUGACCUCCUUUUACAGGUUGCAGUGGACAGCGCGGCACGACCUUCUGAUAUUGAAGAGCUUGCCAACACGGUGCACACCUUGGCGUCAUCAGGAGUGUACCCCGUAUCCGGUAAAGUCAUUUCCCGAUUACGUCGGGCAAUCGCAUCUACAUCCUAUCGAUGUUGUUCGACAUUGGUUGAUCACGCAGCGUGGACGGAAAUUGCCGUCCUCAUCCGCCUCGUCCUCGUCAUGUCCUUUAACGACUGGAACAACAUCGACCACGUCUUGCCAGAGUUAUUUUACAUUGUUUCCAUGGUGGUUGGGAUUGGAUCCCCAUUGGUUCGAAACAGUGUCCAUGGGAUCGUCAUGAACGCUGUGCACGCUUUGGGAACAUCAGGGCGAUUGGAUACGGAUGGACGGAAUGGGUUGAGAGAGUUGAUGAGUGAGUUAGCGGAUCCGAAAUUGUCGUUGCCGUUUGGUGUGCAUGGGGAGGCUGGGGUGGGAGAAGUGGCGAGAGAUGUUCCGUUGAGUGGGUUGGAAAUGGUUGUGAAAUGUAUGUUGGAUGUUAUGACGGUUGGGACGAGUGUUGCAGAGCAAUCUGCGAUUUGGAAAGCGCGAUGGAUGUCGUUGGUAGCCAGUACCGCCUUUCAAUACAAUCCAGCCAUCCAACCCCGAGCCUUUAUUGUUCUUGGCUGUCUCGCUCGUGACGAAGUCGACGAUGACCUCUUGUACCAAAUCCUGGUGGCUCUCCGCGGAGCAUUGACACUAUUUGAAGAAAACGACUGUCAACUCAUUGUGAGCAUCGUCAUGUCCUUGUGUAAUAUCGUUGGGGGUCUCUCUGCCGAGUCUCGGUACCUCCGUUCCAUGUUUUGGUUAUCGGUGUCGUUAAUGCAGAUUGGCCAUGUGCCCGUCUUUCACGCCGCCCUGGGACUGGCAGUCGUGACGAUCAAAACAUUGGAUAAACUGAAAUGUUUUGAGGAAGAAGGUGUAUCUAUUUCAUUGAUGCGAGCUCGACAAGGCCUUGAACAUGUUUUGGAUCGGUUGGAUGCUUCUAUGGGGAUUCUUUUCAAGGUGGAUACAUUCCCGUUUGCGAUUGCCGCUAAUGUAUUGAAAGGGGUCAAACAUCCCAUGACCAAAACUGCGACGGCGGGUGCAUUGCAAACUCUGUUACAAGCGAGUCAAGCCGAUGUUUCUUUGAACCGCGUUGGAUACAUUUUACCUAUCCUCCCAUUUGCGGAUCGGCCUUUGGAGCUUUGGAUGGCAGCUGGAUUUGAUACUACUUCCGAUGUCGACCACCAACAGCAAGAAAAGGGUAAACCACGUUAUCGGAACAUGUUUGAGCAAGUUGGGAUGGCAAAUGUCAAAGUGUCGGUUUUGAUGGUGGGGAUGAUGUCGACCAUGUUGGAGACGGCUGAAUCGGAUGGGGAGUUGUCAAUGAUUUAUGAGUGUUUGGCGGAGGCUGCUGAGGUUGUUCCUGAUGUGUUUGGAUUAAUAUCAGAGGGACUCUUACCCCGCAUGAACACCAUCCUCGCCACCAGCCAAAACCUCGUCAUCCUCGACGCCAUCCACCGUAUCCUCCGCACACUCAUCCUCAUCCGCACCACCAACAUUAAUAAUAAUACAACAAUAUCAACAACCACACCGACUGUUUCACCCACGUUUCCCGGUACACCCCCUCACCACCGUCGAAGCGCCCCACCAACUCCAACAUCCCCAUCAGCACCAUCAUCAUCAACAAUACAAGCACCACCACCACCACCGAUCCCGCAAUUGAAUGAUGUGAAUGAUCCGCUGUCAAGUCGGUUGGUGGAAGUGGGGUUUAGGGGGUUAAUGGAGGCGGGUACGUUUUCCCAUUCUGUUGCGAGUCGGACGAAAAAGUUGAAGCAUGCUGGGUUGGCUUGUGAGUUGGUGGAUGCUGUUAUUGGGUUUUGAAAAAAAAAAAAUGGAAAUUUUACUCUAGAGAUUUUGGGGUUGAGAUGACGGACUUGGUCUCUUUUGUAUUUUAUAUAUAAAUGUAUACAUAUAGACUUGUGGAGUUUUUUUGAAGGUUUCAAAAGACCCGAGUAUAUGUCGUUGGGGGAACAG